AUGACAGAUAUACCACAGUCUAUUAUCACUGCUUUAAGCAAGUAUCAAGAUAGACCGUUUAUCUUGUACCUUGAAAAAGACUUGAUAAAUUUCAUCAAAAAUUCUAUUUUAGGCAACAUUAAACAACCAGAGUAUGUGGUUCAAGCACAAUAUUUGAAAAACUCAUACUACAGGCUAUUGAGUCAUCAGCUAUGCCAGUACUACCAUCUACAGCAUUGGAAUAAUCAGGCAAGCGAAAUUGUUGUUACUCCAUCAGAAAAUUUUGAUUACUCGGCGUUUUUAUGCAAGAUUGAAGAUGAAUCAAGUGACUUUGUUAAAGUGGCCGAUGUUGCUCAUAAAUAUCAGCCUGUUCAUACACCACCUGAACCACUGCAUCAAAAUGGAUAUCACAACAUGAAUCAUUCUCAACGCAACCACCAUCACCAUCACUAUCAUUAUCACCGACAACACCGCCAACACGAUGAUUACAACAGCCAGGAUGCAUCUUCAUUCAAACCAAAGUUUAUUAUUGCCAAAAAGACUAUACUCAACAAGCCCACUACAUCUUCACUAUCAAGUGAAGCAGGUGAUCUUAAUACUAGCAUAGAGGGUGAAAUUUCCAAGUUAAAGAUUGAUGAAAAUGGAGAAUCCAACAGCGCACCACCAUCGGCAGGGUCGUCUGAUGUUUCACUCAACACUACGUCAUCAUCGGCUAUCGAAAGUCAAAGAGCAUCAAAAGAAGCAUUAUAUAAAAAAGUACGGGACGAAAUUUUUUUGAAAGGGGAAGAAGACCAAACAGGGGAAGAGGAUGAUACAGUUGAAGGAGUUGGUGAGACAGAGAAAGAUGGAGAAAGAAAAGAGAAAAAUGCAGGGGAAGAAGUGGAAGGAGAAAGAGACAGGGAUCAUGACAGCGACGCCAAGAAGGAGGUAGGGAGUGAGGAGACAAACUCCGAUAAAAGUUUUAGUUCUUCCAAAGGAAGGACAACUAGGCCAAAUUACCAGAAGAGCCGACAAUAUACCCCUGGUUAUAACAAAACCCAGCAUUAUUCGAUGCCAUACCAAUUGCCAAUGCAUAUGCAGUAUCCACAAAUGUAUCCCCCUCCUCAUCAGCACAAUGGAGCAUCGCCAACCAUUCCUCAAGGUACUACUCUUCCGGUGCUAUACAGCCCGUACUAUACCACUGCUCAACCUCCACUAGUGCCACAGGCAUAUGUUACUGGUACACCUGCGUAUGGUCCUCAAUUCCCCAAUGGCAGUGUUCUCUCUUAUGAUAAGGAGACAGAGAGACGAAUUUUGAACAAUCCAUAUAUCAUUUUACCGAGUGAUCUUGGCAACAACGAUCGAUCCAAAAAUGCCAAGCUGCAGCAGCAACAACAGCAACAACAACAGCCAUAUAAGUCAAAAAGAAUGUAUCAAAACGGUAACGGAAGUGGUGCAAGCAUAGGGAGAAGCACUUAUCCCAAGGGUCAGAAACCAUAA